AUGGCAAUGGCAAAUAACAAGACACAAUGUUUUACAUGUAAUAAGGAAAAAAUCACAUAUCCUUGUAAAGGAUGUUCAAAAGAAUUUUGUUUAAUUCAUUUAACGGAACAUCAACAAAUAUUAAAUGAAGAAUUAAAUCAUAUUACUAAUGAAUAUAAUGAAUUUAAACAAAGAAUUAAUGAACAAAAACAAAAUCCACAAAAUGAUUUAUUAAUAAACCAAAUCGAUCAAUGGGAAAGAAAUUCAAUUGAAGAAAUUCAACAAAAAGCAAAAGAUUAUAGAAAAAUUGUCAUUGAAUAUUUACCAACAUUCUUUAAUAAUAUUGAAAUGAAAUUUAAUGAUUUAAAUGAACAAAUAAAACAAAUUCAUGCCGAAAAUGACUUUAAUGAAAUAAAUUUAAAUUAUUUAAAAAAUCAAUUAAUAGAAAUUACAAAAGAAUUAAAUAAUUCAUCAAAUCUAUCAAUUCAACAAGAAUCACAAUCAUUUAUUAAUGAAAUUUCAAUUAUUUUAGAAAAAAAAUCAAAAUUCAACAAAUGGAAACAAAAUGCCAUCACUGUAGCUGCUGGCAAUAGAUGCGGACAAAAACUAAAUCAACUCAAUCUCCCUGACGGGAUCUUUAUUGAUAAAAACAAAAAUAUUUUCAUUGCUGAUUGUGAUAAUGAUCGUAUUGUUGAAUGGAAAUGUAAUGCAAAGCAAGGGCAGAUCAUUGCAGGUGGAAAUGGACAAGGAAACCGAAUGGAUCAAUUGUGUCUACCAACAGAUGUGAUUGUUGACCAACAAGAUCAUUCGAUCAUCAUUGCUGAUCGUGGAAACAAACGAGCAAUUCGAUGGUUGAAUCAAAAUCAACAAAUUCUCAUUAAUCAUAUUUGCUGUUAUGGCUUGGCAAUGGAUAAAUAUGGAUUUCUUUAUGUUACUAACACUGAGAAGGAUGAAGUAAGACGAUGGAAAAUGGGUGAAUAUAACAAUGAAGGAAUUGUAGUAGCAGGUGGACAUGGAAGAGGAGAUCAACUUAAUCAACUCAAUUAUCCUAAUUUUAUCUUUGUCGAUGAAGAACAAUCUGUUUAUGUAUCAGAUCGAAACAAUGAUCGUGUGAUGAAAUGGAAAAAAGAUGCAAAAGAAGGAAAAAUUGCAGCUGGAGGAAAUGGUUAUGGGGCAAAUCUCAAUCAAUUGUUUCAUCCCCAAGGAGUGAUUGUUGAUGACUUGGGUCAAAUCUAUGUAGCAGAUUGUUGGAAUGAUCGAGUAAUGCGUUGGUGUGAAGGAAAAGGGGAAGGUGAAAUUGUUAUUGGUGGAAAUGGAAAAGGAAAUCAAUCAAAUCAAUUGAAUCGUCCGUGUGGUUUAUCUUUUGAUGAUGAAGGAAAUCUUUAUGUUGUUGAUUGUUUUAAUCAUCGAACUGAGAAAUUUGAAACAAUAUUAUGA